CGCGGGGCGGCCGGCAUGGCCGCGGGGUCGGCGGGGCAGCGCCUGCGGGAGGAGGCGCGGUGCCCCGUGUGCCUGGACUUGCUGCAGGACCCGGUCAGCGUGGACUGCGGCCACAGCUUCUGCCUGCGCUGCAUCUCCGAGUUCUGCGACCGCGCGGCCGGCGAGCAGGGCGGCCUCUUCCCCUGCCCGCAGUGCCGCGGCCCCUUCCGGCGGGAGGGCUUCCGCCCCAACCGGCAGCUGGCCAGCCUGGUGGACGGCCUGCGGCAGCUGGGCCCGGGCGCGAGCCCCGCGGGCCCGCAGUGCGCGCGGCACGGCCAGGAGCUCAGCCUCUUCUGCGAGGAGGACCAGGCGGCGCUGUGCUGGGCGUGCGACGCGGGCCCCGAGCACAGGGGCCACCGCACGGCGCCGCUGCAGGAGGCCGCCCAGCGCCACCAGGUAAAGCUCCAGAUGGCCCUGGAACUUGUGAGGAAAGAGAUGGAGGAGGCCUUGACACAGGAGGCCAACGUGGGGAAGAAAACUGUCAUUUGGAAGGAGAAAGUGGAAACUCAGAGACAACGCUUCAGGCUGGAGUUCGAGAAGUACCGCGGCUUCCUGGCCCUGGAGGAGCAGCUGCAGCUGCGGCGGCUGGAGCAGGAGGAGCGCGCCACGCUGCAGAGACUGCGCGAAGGCCAGCGGCAGCUGGCGCAGCGCGGCCGGGCCCUGCGGGAGCUGGCGCAGGAGCUGGAGGACCGCUGCCGGCUCCCGGCCUUGGAUCUGCUGGAGGGGGUGAGAGGAACCUUGAGCCGAAGUAAGAGUGUCACACAGCUGGAACCGGAGACCAUCCCCCUGGAGCUGAAGACCAUGUGUCGAAUCCCUGGGAUGAGAGAAAUGUUGAGGAAGUUCCAAGUUGAUGUAAAGCUGGACCCGGCCACAGCACAUCCUAGCCUCCUCUUGACUGCUGACCUGCGCAGUGUGCAGGACGGAGAACUGUGGAGGGACGUCCCCAACAACCCCGAGCGAUUUGACACGUGGCCCUGCAUCCUGGGUCUGCAGAACUUCUCAUCAGGAAGGCAUUACUGGGAAGUCAUGGUGGGAGAAAGGGCAGAGUGGGGUUUAGGAGUCUCUCAAGACACAGUGCCAAGAAAGGGGGAAACUACACCAUCUCCCGAGAACGGAGUGUGGGCCAUGUGGCUGCUGAAAGAGAAUGAGUACAUGGUCCUUGCCUCCCCAUCCGUGCCUCUCCUCCACCUAGAGCGGCCUCGUCGCAUUGGGAUUUUCUUGGACUAUGAAGCAGAAGACCCUUUAACAUUUCAUGGUGGUGAUAUUGACUGUGAGGACCAACUGUGACUACAGCAGAGGAGUUGCUGUGCAGGAUUCAACUGUAUGGCAUAGAACUUGCUUCGGUGGAGCUUUGGAGCUCACCAAGUCUUCUCCUUUAGUGUAUAGCUCAUGGAGGUGGUAGGGUUUUAAUCUAGCAUGGUCUGAAGCUGUCCACUGGCUCUGGGGCCUCCUGAGAGGUACUAGGUCAGUACUGGGGAACUUCUCUUCCUGGCCCUGGAUCCCUGGGCUGGAAGGUGUGGUGUGGGACUGGGUACCUUGCCUGGGGUCACCUAGCACAAGCCACAGAGUGAUCUGCAAAUGGUUUCUACUUGUACUGGGCCUAGAGGUGCCCAGGAGAAGCCAAUCUGCAAACCAAGCCUGACUGCCAUUAGUGCCAGGUGUGGAGCCUCUUGGGAAGAGGUACAAGGUAUGCAGAGGCCAGAUUCUACUUGUUUGAGAGAUUUUGGGAAAGUCCUAAGCAUGAGGCAAAAGAGGCUAUUCAUAUAGAAAUGGGUGGGCCCACAAUUUGGGGGUGGAGGGUGUCUCAGGGAAUCAGUAUGAUGGGGUGAACAGUGUGAGCCAGGUUGAUGGAGACUUAGAUAUGGCACACACCUGCUGGGUCUGUGGGGGGAGGGCUCAGAAAAGGAACAUUGGCCUCUGCCAGCCUUUUUUCUAGCAGAAAGUUGCCUUCCCCAGCUCUCACCCUGAUGCUGAACAAUUCAGUUCCUCCCUGUAUGUUCCUGGUUCCUUUCAAACUGCUGCUCCACUGGAUCUCAGAGGGAGUGAGUCCAAGUAAGUCUGUGCAUGGGCCCUUUCAGAGGAACUGCCUGGACUUCAGCAGCUCUCCAUUUCAUUCAGCCACAAUCUCUGCUGGUUUUUACAGCCAGAAGUUAUGGGUAAUUUCUCUUCCUGGCCCUGGAUCCCUAGGCUGGAAGGUGUGGUGUGGGACUGGGACCCCUUGCUCCUCCAGAGGGACUUCCAUAGCCAAGAUAUGUCUCCCAACCUUAAAGCAUCACACAUGGAUGUAGGACCAGCCUGUUCUACAUCUCCACCCCUUCUACCAAUCUUGGUAUGGCUUCUUCCUUAAAUCCCUGAUUGUAGGACUUUCAUUUAGCUAGAUUUCAGGCAGUUCUGAAUGAUGGUUGUUCUGUAGUUGUAAUUUUGAUGUGGUUGUGUGAGGAUUCAAGUACCUCGUUUACCUAUGCUGCCAUCUUGACUAGAAGUAGAAAUGGCAGUUCUUAAAUUGAUUGAGAACUGUCCAAUAUCAUUAUAGCAUCAGAUUCAUAAUUGUCUUUCUUCUCUUCAUUUUUCUUCUCCUCUCUCAUUUCCUCUCUCUUUUUUCUUGCUUUGUCUCUGUAUCUUUCACUCUAUUUCUCUCCCUCUCUUCCUCUUUCUUCUUUUUUUGCAUGAUACCUAUUAUUAUUUCAUCUCCCAUAUUCUUCCAUAUAUAUAUAUAUAUAUAUAUAUAUAUAUAUAUAUAUAUAU